UCCAUCUAACAUUACUCCAUUUUUCAAUUUUUUUUCUCAAACCCACAACACUUCCAUUUAUACACUUUGUUUUCCCUUACCCCCUCCCAUUUGCAUUUCCACCACACAAGAAAUACAAAGAAACUCUGUGUUCAUUUCCACGAUGUCUAACCGACGGUCGUCGAGACAGUCGGGUGGAGACGUUUCCCGGAUUUCCGACGAUCAGAUAAUUGAACUCGUCUCCAAGCUAGGGCAGGUUCUUCCGGAGAUAGGCAAUAGCCGAUCUGACAAGGUAUCAGCGUCCAAGGUUUUACAAGAGACAUGCAAUUACGUUAGAAGCUUGCAUAAGGAGGUGGACGAUCUAAGUGACCGGCUCUCUCAGCUCUUGGCCACCAUUGACGCCGACAGUGCCGAGGCUGCUAUAAUUAGGAGUUUACUUAUGUAAUAAUAAACCAAAUUAUUAUUAUUAUUAUUAUUAUUAUUAUUAUUACGUUUCGGUCAGUAGAUCAAACAUAAAUUAGGUUAUAUCUUAAGAUGCUAACCCCAUGUGGACUGUACUGCACUGCACUGCAC